GCUCUGCUGUGAGGGGACUUCGCAGAGCUGCCCGCAGCAGCCGGGACCCGGGUCUCCGGCCGCCCCGGCCCCGCCCCUGCCUUUUCCCAGAGGGGCCCUCUUGCCGACCCGGAAGCCGCUCGCAGAUGAAUCCGUUCCCUAGACCCAGACCCCGGCCCCGCCCCGGUUGCCUAGGCGACGAAAGGCCGCAACUCCGCGGCGAGUUAAUGACGAUGUCUGUGGGGACUACUCCUGGGGGAACGACCCCCGCGGCGACGACCCCGGCGGGAACCACACCGGAGUUAGAGAGAGAUGCUGAAUUCCAGGAGCAUGAAACGAUUCUGUCUCCAGAUUUUCUUUCAGCUGCUCAAAUCACUGAAAUGCUAACAGAAGACAUAAAUGGAGUUCAACAAAAACUGAAAAAGUUUUUGAAUUUCAAAAACCUUCAAACCUGUUUAAAGGAAGCCAUUCUACUAGAUUAUUAUGUAUCUGGAUUUUUGUGGGCUAGAGGAAUGGACUUUUCUGUUACUCAAUAUUCAAAAUUUAUGACUUUACUAGAUAUGUUACUUCAUAAUCUUAGAACACUGCAUAUGUCCUUAGAAGACAGCAUAAAAUGGCUUGGAGAAGUUAUGGCUGAAAUAGGACCACCCCAUUCACAGAAAAAUGAAGAAUGGAGUUUUUUUAAUAUAAAACAAGCCAAUGCUAUCAUCGAUUACUUAAAAAUCAGCUUAUUUCAACACUACAAGCUAUAUGAGUUUCUAUUCUACUCUACCAGGGAAGAAAUUGUGAUAGGAACUGAGCAAAUGAUAGAGGUUGUCAAGCCUUCAGGUGGUCUCCUCCCAGAUCCUCUAGAAGAAGGAAUCUCAUUUGACAUUUAUUCAACAUUCAUAGAACCACCCCCAACAUUGGAUGCAGAAGUGAAGGGGUUGGAUCCAGAACAAGUCCCUGAGGAAUUCCAGUCAGAAGCCAACAUUUCCGAUGCGGAUCCUUUAGUGGGUUUCACCAUUGAAGAUAUAAAAUCAGUGCUGGGUCAAGUCACAGAUGAUAUUUUAAUCGGCAUUCAGACCGAGAUAAACGAAAAGCUGCAAAUACAGGAAGAGGCCUUCAAUGCACGAAUAGAAAAACUGAAAAAGGCCUGAGGACUUAGUGCAAGGAGAGUGAUGCUAAACUUCAGAGAAACAAAUAAAACCAGCCAGAAUAAUAGACUCUCCAGAGCAGCAGAUAUCCUUCCUUUCGUUGGGAGAGGGAAACCAAGCCCCGCUUUUUAUUAUCCUAAGUAAUUAGAAAAGUAUUGGCCCCCAUUUUGCUAUCUCCUGUCCCAUAACAGCCUCUGAAUUUAUUGCACUAAGUGUAAUAAGAACAUUCUGUAUACAAGAGUUUGGAGAAUUAUAUAUAAAAAUACAAUUACUUUUACGAUACUCCUUUGACAUUUUGACUAAUAAAUGCUAUUCAUCUUCAGGGAGAAUGAAGCCCACUUUUUUUAAAUAAGGAAAAAUAAUAAUAAUUUUAUCCAUAUUGACCCAAUGAACUGCCACAUUACUGGAGCCCUGUGAACAGAUAACCACAUGGCCAAGGAUAAAACUUGCUAAACAAUAGCAAUUAAAAUGAAUAUACUAUGGGUUUUUUUCCCCUUAAAUCGCUUGGUUUUCUUAUUUAAACGUUUCAGUGUGAAACCAAUUUUCUGAAAUUAUAUAAUGCAGUUUGAAACACUUUAAUUUAUUCUGUACCGUAUUUGUUAUUUCUAAUCUUGUUACUCUCCCAGGAGAAUACAUGACCUAUAUAAAAAGAAGCAAUGUAUAAAUGGUUAUUAAAGACCAACCUAUAUAUAGAUUGUAAAAAUCUUAAAUACAAAUCAAACUCACAGAGCUCUUAAAAUUAACCAUUAUAUUGCAGUAGAAUGAUUGAAAACAUCUCAAGCCUUUAAAUACCUUUAUGAAAAUAUAAUUUUAGAAGAAAAAUAUCCAUUUGCCAAUUGAUUGUUUCAGGUUGGAUAAAUUAAAUUAAUUAUGAGCUAUAUCCUUUCCAAAUUUCCUAGACUUCAGAGUAUCCUAGAAUGGAGAACAUUACUAGGAAAGGGAGAGUUCCUUUAAGAAAUUCCCAGUUUAUACCGGAACCAGAGGUACUUGGUUGAAUAUGUUCUAUCUACAUCCUAACUUUGGGCCAGACCUUACCUUCUCUAUCAGUAUCAGAGGGAUUGCCCAAAAUGUAUUCAUCUGAGGUAGAGACAGACCUGACAGCAUUUGAUAGUUUUCUAACUGUGCUGAUCAGUAAAGCCAAGAGUGGUCCUUAAGAUAAAGCCAUGUUUAUUGUUCAUCGGUUCCUAGUCUGGAAGGCCUGGAGAUACGCUGUGCUUCUUCCUUGAGCAGUCCUUCCCAGCUGAAAACAUUGAUGGCCACAGGAGAUCAGUAGGAGGGCUUGUGAGGCUUGAUUUUUUUUUAAUUUUUUUUUCAACGUUUAUUUAUUUUUGGGACAGAGAGAGACACAGCAUGAACGGGGGAGGGGCAGAGAGAGAGGGAGACACAGAAUCGGAAACAGGCUCCAGGAUCUGAGCCAUCAGCCCAGAGCCUGACGCAGGGCUCGAACUCACGGACCGCGAGAUCGUGACCUGGCUGAAGUCGGAUGCUUAACCGACUGCGCCACCCAGGCGUCCCAGUGUGAGGUUUGAUUUUGCCAAGCAGUCUUUUCUCCAGGGAAAACAGAGGUGAAACUAGAGAAACCACAAAUGGAAUAAAGGAACUCCUGGAAAUCACCAAGCACAGCUUCAAAUGCAAUCAUUGGCACAGAGUGGACCCGCAUUUCUAAUAAAGUGCUUAUUUUGAACAAGAGUA